ACCACGCCAUCGGCAUCAGCGGUUACUGCAAUGGCGUCAGGCGGGGACGCGACCUACCUGGCCCUGCUGGGUUUGGCCGAAGAGUUCCGCACCAUGAGCCCCCCGAGCAUGAAAAACUGUAUACGCUGCCUUUUAGCCGUGUUCCAACUCAACCCUGCUCCCAGGAUCGAAGCUUUGACGCACCUUCAGCUGGGUCAAAACCUCAUGCUGUACACCAACAACGCUGAUCUUGCUCAGUCACAUCUCGAGAAAGCAUGGUACCUCUCCCAGAAUAUUGCAGGUAUGGAUGAUGUGAAGUUUCAGGCGGCCAGUGCAUUGGCCGAUCUGUAUGAAAGAAGAAACCAGACAGCACUUGCGAAGCAAAUCCUGAAUACAGCCAUCGAGUGUUCCCGGCACUCUACGCUUUGGCAUUGCCGUCUCAUCUUCAGAAUUGUUCAAAUGUUUGCCAUGGAACGAGACUAUCCAAGUGCCUGCAGCUUUUUGAGCAUCGGGGCAGAGUAUGCUCACAUGAUGGGAGCACAGUACACACGUAUUCUUUUCCUUCUCAGCGAAGGCAUGCUGCUGAUGGUGGAUCGCAAGCUGGCUGAGGUGCAUCAAGUACUGAGUCAAGCAGGACAGCUAGUGGAAGCAUGGCAGGGCUCCACCCAGCACAAGGAAGCGCUCAAGGUGUUCUUCCUUGUCCUACAAGUCUGCCAUUACCUUUCUGCGGGGCAGGUGAAGAGUGUGAAACCUUGCCUGAAGCAGCUUCAGCAGGGAAUCCAGACCAUCACAUCGUUGCACUCAGAUGAGGAGACUGUCCCAUCAAAUCCUGGAGACAUGUUUCAUUGGAUGCCCAAGGAGCAUAUGUGUGUCCUGGUCUACUUGGUGACAGUGCUACAUUCCAUGCAGGCUGGCUACAUGGACAAAGCACACAAGUACACUGAUAAGGCUCUUAUGCAAAUUGAGAAGCUUAAAAUUGUCGACAGCAACCCAAUCCUGCACUCAUUCCAAUUGCUGCUCCUGGAACAUAUUGCCAUGUGUCGCUUGGUCAUGGGCAAUAAGACUCUCGCCAUACAAGAGGCAUCCCAGGCCCUGCAGAUAUGUCGUCAAGAGCCCCGUCUGUUUGCCCGUCACAAACCUCAGCUGCAUACACUUCUGGGCUUGUAUGCCAUGUCCAUGAACUGCAUGGAGGCUGCUGAAGCUCAAUUCAACACAGUCCUCAGGAGCAUGGCAUCACCUGAGCUACGGAUCCUGGCCAGCCUGAACUUGGUCAUUGUGUACCUGCGGUGCCACCGAGAGAAGGAACUUCAGGAGCUGCUUGUUCGGCUUAAUCCGGAGACUCUACCAUCAGCGUCUCACAGCUUACGAGCAGCUGCCUAUUAUGUCCAUGGAUUCAAUGCCUUCUUCCAAGCCCGCUACAAUGAUGCCAAGCGCUACUUGCGAGAGACGCUCAAGAUGGCGAAUGCUGAAGACCUGAACCGUCUGACCUCCUGCUCACUGGUGCUCCUGGGACACAUCUUCUUCUCGCUGGGCAAUAGUCGGGAGAGCAUGAACAUGGUCACUCCUGCCAUGCAGCUGGCCAGCAAGAUCCCAGAUGUGCAUGUUCAGCUCUGGGCAUCUGCUCUCCUCAAGGACCUGUACCGACUGUGCGGCCAGCCAUUGCAGGAGCAGGAAGCCAUCCAGACGCACGCCAGUUUCUCACAACUGUUGCUCAAGGACCACUUUCAGGCAUCCCAGCUGCCAGAACACAACUUGAUACAGUGGAUUGACGGAGAGCCCCCUGUUAUGAACACAGCAUCAACCAGCUCGGCAAUUCCAUAAGCUGGCAUUGUUAAGGGCUUCUUUCGAAGCCAACAUCCUAUUCCUGCAUGCUUAUAAUUAGUGACAAACCCACUUGUGCAAAUGCCCUCUUGAGCAAGGUUCCUUGUCAGCCAGAGGCCCUAUGUAAGAGUAUGUCAUGUUUGCCACAUUGUGAUAGGCUGUAAAAAUGUUUUCCCCUUGCUGUCUAUUUUCGCAGACAUGGGACUCAAGUGUAUAGGCAUUCAUCCUUCAUUUCUUUUAAACUUGCUACUCAGAGAUUUUCUGUAAUACACUUCGGUCCUAUUGAUAUAUGUGUGUUUGUUAGCCACAAUGUAUAAAUGAACCUUAGCAAACACAAAUGACUGUUCUUUAGGUCUAAGAAAAAAAAAAUGAUUCACUUCAUUCAUAGCUGUCCACAGUUGUGGGCAUUUGAUGUGCAGUCAACAUCUGUUCACUUGUAAAAUUUUCCCCAUGUGUUUAUAUUUACAGGCCUGUGGAAUGUAUUUAUGUGUCAUAUGCCUUUUAUUUAGAAAAUUACCAAAGUGGAGGGACAGAAUGAAAAAAAAAAAAACUUUUGUAUAUAGCGUCAUGCAACUGGCGGCCUGGCAAUGCUACCGUGAGAAGUUCUACACAUAUACUGUAAAAAGCAUUGCUGUUUUGCUGCUCCGUGUGUGAGAAAUAUUUACCCUUAGUAGUAUGUCAAAGAAAUUGUUUAAAACAUGUGGCCUAAGAUUAGCUCAUACAUUGACGUCUCCUUCAGUUUCACCAUGCUGCCUUUGAUAUUUCGGAAUGAUUUUCAGAGCUUGGAAACUUUGCAAAGCAUGUUGACCUCAACAAAUCGGAUAGCAUGCAUAUUUGUGCAGUGAGCAGGCUUAUGAGGCCAAUAUGAAAGAAAAAUGUCACAGAAGAGCUGUCUGCCAACUUUAAUGUUUAAUGAGGACAAAGGACAGAAAAACAACAAUAUUGCACAAGUGGCUGCCUACCAACUGAUCAUUAAUUGUGGUUAGUGCAAGUUUUCACGCAUUCACAAUAAAUGUACAUUUGGCAGACAGCGCUUGUGCCAAAUUAUUCUGGUAUUGUUUUGUGCCCCCAUUUACUCGCGUUGUUUUGUUGCAUUUGCAAUAAACUAGGGGUGUUCUAGUAGUGACAUUACAAAAUUGGUUACGCAUACAGUCGAACCUCAAUAUAACAAAUUAUCAGAUAUAAAGAAGUGAAUGCAAAAUUUGGUUGGACAUGCUUUAUUUCAGUGGAGUACUUGUCCGCCUGCUAUAACGAAAUUGAAAAUGCAAGAUCCGACUUGUAUCGGUUACUGUGAAGCACGCCUCAAUGUAUAUAUCCUGGUAACAAAAAUGUCAUACAGUUGCCAACCAACUUUCCAGACCCCUGAUUUUUCAAACAUGUGCGAUUGUUCCCGACUUCCCUGCCACACCUCCAGCUACCUCUAGCAACAAUGUAUAAUGGCAAUAGCCAAAAUUUCAGAUGCUGCACAGUGUUUCAGGCAUGAACCAUGCAUGCGAUGCUGCAAGCAUGGCAGUCAUGUCGACUGGCAUGAUACAACUAUGGUUGCCAAUGAAGUGGCGCUGGUUAGGCUUAGCCGCCUAAGCAGUGCGGCCGCUGUAAAGCUGUCGCACGAAGCUCGCUGCCAAUAUGCUCUCACUUGAGCUUAUCAGCGAUCAAGUGCUAGAUCAGGUGCAUGGGGUAGACCCAUUUAAUUGAAGCCUUGUACAUUUGGCCAUAAAUGAAUGUUCAAAGAAACCAAUUAUAAUAUUCUCAAAUCCAAGACUGCUUGGAUUUAUUUGAUUUGAAUAUUUGCAUACGCAUGUAUUGUUUUCAUCCAAUCUUAUUUUCCUUACUUACCUGUGUGCUGCACAAACGUGAAAUCCUGGUUUUCCUGUGUGCUUCUUUUACAUAAGGAUGCACUGUAUCAUAGAACCAUGUUAGUUAUUCCCUCCCUCCAUACGCAAGCCGUCCAGAAAGGUGCAUGUGACAAAGCUCAAUAUGAGUGAUGUUUGUGAUUUCUUGUGUACAGAUUUCUCAGGGCACGCAGUAGGCUUUUCUUUUUAUUAAGUAACUUUUCAUGAUUAAUUUCCCACUUAUGCAAACUCACACUAAUGAGCACAUUGCAUGGGUUCUUAAAACAAUCUAUAUUUGUGCUAUAAGACAAACUUCGGCUUCAUUCACUCUUGGGAAGCGAAAAGAAAGGAAGUCCAGAGUGGGCGGAAAUUUUUUCUCCACAUGUCCAAGAUGUUGACAUCUGUUCUGCCUCUGCUGCUUUCGCCAAAUCUACCUGCCGUUGGCACACUUGUCUGCGUAAUGGCACUCAUCACCACACCAUUUCAAGGAGUGUGUUCAUUGAUCCAUUGGCCAUCAAAAUGAGUGAUGGUGUUCAGCUUUGCCUGCGCUGAUUCUUGAACGAACAAAUGAAAUAAACAGUUUUUGUUUGUUUAAGCUUUUAUUUUAUGGAGAUGCAGAAUAAGCAGCUGAAGAAGCGGGUGCCCCAGAAGUGGCGGUGAUGAAAUCGCCCAGCUGUGUGAAAGUGAGGAGUUAGGACACAACAACGCUUUGCUCUUGCACCUUCUGCUAGUACUCAGCUCCUUGGCAAUCUUCAUCCAAAUCUUGCCCUUGUGGGACGUAUCUUUGUGGAGGCUGGGAGUUUUAUCGUACACCACUGAGUAAUUUUUCAUUGUGUCAAUUAGUAUCAGCACUGAUACUUUGGGUUGCACUUUUAAUAUUUAUAUGCCAGCGCAGCUUUUGGCGAAGCAUAACGACAUCACACUUUCGCCAAGGUGAAACAAAUUGGUCCGACAUAGAUCUAGCUUGCCACUUGGUUUUCCGGCCGCUUAGGCGGAAAAGUGGGCAGAUUACUUGGCAUUUUUUUUCUGCUUCUGCCCACUCAGAGACUAAGUGUGAACGUAGCCGAAGUACUGCUUUGUGAACCAGCGUACAACUAUAUGCAUUUAAAGAACAUUAUUACGCAUAGCACAGACGUCCAGUGUAGCGUUUGUGACUGACGGCUGGAUGAUAUCAGCAAGCUCAUAAUGUGCUCAUGGCACUGCUACUACCUUUUUGUAUUUUAUUUGCUGCAUAUUGUGUUAUUUACAUUUAUAUGGUACUUAUUUACUAGAAUUGUAUGAACCUGUUGCAUAUUGAAAACUUGUAUGGAUACUGGUUACCAGUAUUCCUACGCCUGUGCUAGAAUAAAAUGUAUAGCUUAUCCA